UAAAUAAUUAAUGUUUAAUUAAUUAAACAUGUUUAAUGACUGACUGACUAUGCAAAAAUGGGUCAGUUGGGUUAUAGGAACUGGUGCCAAACUUUGGAAAGAAUAUUGGAGCUAGAAUCUGAGGAUCUGGAUUCAAAUUUCCUGGCUGAUGCUUAUUCUCUGCAUGACCUUGAGCUAGUUCUUGAACACUUGUAAAAUGAACGUUUGGAUUAGAUAGCCUCUUCUAGCUCUUGAUCUAUGACUUGGGUUAGAAUUCUGCUGCAUAUGCUCGUGUGUGACCUUGGGCAACUCAUGUGAUUUAUCUUGGCCUCCAUUACCUCAUUUGUAAAAUGAGGGAGUUGGAUCGGAUGGCUUCUGAACUUCCUUCCAGGAUUAGAACUAUGAUUCCACGACUUGGGUUCAAAUCUCCCUCCCCAGACCUUUGCUUCAUUGUAAUAUUGUAAUGCAAGCAGUCUAUCCGGUUCUCUGUUUCCAAGUGUGUCUAUGAUCCUAAAGCCUAGGUUCGAAACUCGCCCCGACCCUAGUUGCCUCGGUGAAUUUGUAAAUCUUCUAACUUUUCAGUUCCCCAGAUGUCACAUCGGAGGCUUGGUUCCUUCCUCCAAGGGACAGGCACCAGCCUGCGCGGCCCACCGAGAGGAUCAGGGAAGCCUCCUCUCUGUCACCCGACCCGGCCCCAGCCAAUGGCUUGGCCGAGGGCAUUAUCGCGACAGGCGAUAGGCUCAGGCAGGGGCUGCCUUUCCGCUACAGGGCGCGUAAGACUUCCCGCCGAGCGGUCUUGGGGCGUCUUCCCGCCUCCUCGGUUCCCUCCGACACCCUUCCCUUCUUCCCCAGAUACCUUGGCGCCGCGCUCGCUUGGUCCAUAUAGUCUCUACCGUAUCGCGACUGCAGGCGGAGUUGCAGAGCGGCGGCGCUGGCCCUUUAAGGGCCCCGUCCCGGGGGCCGGCGCCGCGCGUGCGCACUGUGGCUCUGCGCUUGUCAUCAUGGCGACGCGGGGCCAUGUGCAGGACCCUAACGACCGGCGCCUCCGGCCCAUCUACGAUUAUCUUGAUAACGGCAAUAAUAAGUUGGCGAUUCAGCAAGCUGAUAAACUGCUGAAAAAGCACAAAGAUCUGCAUUGUGCUAAGGUAUUAAAAGCAAUUGGGCUACAGAGGACUGGGAAGCAGGAUGAUGCCUUUGCCCUGGCACGAGAAGUUGCUGCCCUUGAACCUACUGAUGACAAUUCCCUGCAAGCGUUGACCAUUCUCUAUCGGGAAAUGCACAGACCGGAACUGGUCACCAAGCUUUAUGAGGCAGCUGUGAAGAAGGUCCCCAACAGUGAGGAGUACCACUCUCACCUCUUUAUGGCCUACGCACGGGUCGGGGAAUACAAGAAGAUGCAGCAGGCUGGAAUGGCACUUUAUAAAAUCGUACCAAAAAACCCUUAUUAUUUUUGGUCUGUCAUGAGUUUAAUUAUGCAAUCUAUCUCCGCACAGGAUGAGAACCUCUCCAAAACCAUGUUUUUGCCCCUUGCUGAGAGAAUGGUGGAAAGAAUGGUCAAGGAGGACAAAAUAGAAGCGGAGGCUGAAGUUGAGCUUUAUUACAUGAUUCUGGAGCGCUUGGGAAAGUAUCAGGAGGCCUUGGAUGUCAUCAGAGGAAAACUAGGAGAGAAGCUGACCAGUGAGCUCCAGAGCAGAGAAAACAAGUGUAUGGCCAUGUAUAAGAAGCUGAGCAGGUGGCCUGAGUGCAAUGCACUAUCAAGGAGGCUUUUGUUAAAGAACUCAGAUGACUGGCAGUUCUAUCUGACUUACUUUGACUCCAUCUUUCAACUCAUUGGUGAAGCCUGGACCCCUCCUGCAGAAGGAGAACACUCUCUGGAAGGAGAAGUACAUUAUUCAGCUGAAGAAGCUGUCAAGUUCAUUGAAGAGAGGAUCCUGGAAGAGGCAAAGAAUACACGGCACCUUCGAGGGCCAUACCUGGCCAAGCUGGAGCUCAUCCGCCGCCUACGGCAUCAGGGCUGGAAGGAUGACGAGUACAAACUGGGUGAUCCAGAAGAGUUAAUGUUCCAAUAUUUCAAAAAGUUUGGAGAUAAGCCUUGUUGUUUCACUGACCUAAAGGUGUUUGUAGACCUCCUGCCGGCCUCACGGUGUACAAAGUUUAUCAAUCAGCUUCUUGGAGAGGUCUCACUGACCACCCCCACUGAAGACAAGCUGGCCCUCCCUGCCGACAUCAAGGGCUUGCAGCAACACCUGUGUGUGGUACAGCUGACGAGACUCCUCGGCCUCUAUCACGGCAUGGAUAAGGAUCAGAAGCUGAAGGUGGUCCGGGAACUGAUGCUGAGAUACCAUCAUGGGCUAGAAUUUGGGAAAUCCUGUUUGAAAACAGAGCUGCAGUUUUCAGACUAUUACUGCCUCCUUGCCGUGCAUGUGCUCAUCGACAUAUGGCUAGAAGCAGGUGAAGACAGGGCUGCGUGGCAGGCUCUAAUAUUACUAGAAGAAGGCUUAACCCAUAGCCCUUCCAAUGCCCAGUUCAAAUUGCUGCUCGUCCGAAUCUACUGCUUGCUUGGGGCAUUUGAGCCUGUGGUGGACCUGUACUCCAGCCUUGAUGCCAAACACAUCCAGCAUGACACCAUCGGCUAUCUCCUGACUCGCUAUGCGGAGUCUCUAGGUCAAUACGCUGCUGCAUCCCAGGCCUGUAACUUUGCACUCAGGUUUUUCCACUCCAACCAGAAAGAUACCUCAGAAUAUAUUAUUCAAGCCUACAAAUAUGGUGCGUUUGAGAAGAUCCCAGAGUUUAUCGCUUUUAGGAACAGACUGAACAACUCUCUUCAUUUUGCCCAAGUCCGUACUGAGCGGAUGUUGCUGGAUCUCCUACUUGAAGCCAACAUAUCAACCAGCUUAGAAGAAAGUGUCAAGUCCAUGAGUCUGAGUCCUGAGGAGGAUGACAUCCCAUGGAAAGACCUGAGGGAUAACAGAGACCUCCAUGUUUUCUUUACUUGGGAUCCCAAGGAAUGGGAUGUUUCUGAAGAACACAAGAAGCUCUCCCUGGAGGAAGAGACCCUCUGGCUGCGCAUCCGAUCUCUGACCCUGAGAUUGGUCAGUGGGCUUCCGACUCUGAGCCACCCCACUGAGCCGAAGAAUUCGGACAAGACGACGGAGAAUGGCGUCUCUUCAAGGAUUGAUAUCAUCCGUUCACUUCUCCAGCAGUUGGAAGGCAUACUGGAUGCAGGAAAGCGAUUUGUUGAACGAAAGAUUCAGUAUCCCUUCCUGGGUCCUGUGCCCACCAGGAUGGCUGGCUUCUUCAGCAGUGGCUGCUGUCAGUGCCAGACUAGCUCCUUUUACCUCAUUAGCGAUAUUUAUGAACUAGAUACCAAUGGAUUAGAAGAUACAACUGAGAUCCAGGAGAGGAUAGGGAAUAGUUUUGAAUCUUUACUAGAACAAUUAAGGGAAGUAUUUAGUCUAUGUAAAGGAGACAUAUUAGAAGUGCAGGAUGGGCACCUGAGGACUCAUCCCAGUAUCCUAGAGAAUUUAGUCUUCUUUGUGGAGACCAUCUCCAUUGUCCUCUGGGUGACUAGUUACUGUGACAGUGUCCUGCAGCCAUAUAAAUUAAAUAUACAGAAAAGGAAAAAGAAGAAAAAAGAAACCAACAUCCUAAUGCCACCCGUCUUCUCCAGCUUCCAGCGCUAUGUGGCUGGCCUUCAGCUGCUGAUCUCCAGUGUCCUGGAGAACAUCAAAGGGCUCGAGACUCUUCUGGCUGCACUGAAACUUGAAGAAUUAUCCCUAGAAGACUCUGUGCUUUCACAGGAGGAGAAAAGGUUCACCAAGACUGUGCAUGGGAAAGUGCAAAGCAGUUACCAGCACUCGCUUCAGGAAAUUGGGGAGCUGCUGAAAAAGAGACUGGAGACCAUGAAGAAGCUUAAAGUGUAACGGGAGAGGCUCCGACUGCGGGAAAGACUCGGGGGCAGGCACUGACCCCCCACCCCCACUCCCCCGGCCAGCCGAAGCAUCGCCCGUCUGACCGCCGCUGCCACCGCCGCUGCCAGAAUCCAGAACUUCCUCCUUAAAUGCAUGAAGGACUUUGAUCUUGAAUUAAUUUUUUAGGUAUUAACUAUAUACAGAUGAUUAAAUUAUUGUACAUAAACCGGAAGCCGAGCCCUCCCCUAGGUUUGACCACUUUUUAUACAUGUUCAUUAUUAAGCGUAUGGCAGCAACCAGAGAAACCCUCCUUUUCUUCCUUUCCAUCUCCAGAAACUUCUGGGGGUUGUUUUUAGAAGCAGCAAUAGCAAUUCAGAAAUAAAAGCCUCCACCCCAGAGCCGUCGGACAACCCUCCCGGCAGAGGGAGAGAAUGGGGGUCUGGCCCUUGCCUUAGAAACAGCAGAAACAGAGAGGUCUCUGUUUGCCUUGGAACCGGUCCCUCUUCCCUCUGGAGCAGUGGGUCAGGCUCGGACCCGGCCUUCCCACAGGGUGCAGACAAAGGAGCCUCCGCCUCUGCCACGCAGGUGUGUCCCUGGCGAUGGUGCCCAGCCAGCUGGCCAUGAGAGGGAGGGCCAGGAGCGCGAGUUGCCCCCACGCUUGCCACACCAGCCUCUGGGGCCCUGCCCCAUGCCUGCCUUUGACAUCUGAACCGGGGACAGGGAGCCCGAGGAAGCAGCUGUCCAGGGAGACAGAGAAGUCUGGAUGAUCUCCGAGCCCACUGCGGGCUAGCCCAAGCUCUCGUCCGUGAUCGGGAAUGAUGGAAUCAAUGUUUGAAAGCAAGAGAGAUGACGUCCGUAAUUUAUGCAGUGAUGCCCGAUACCACUGUCACUGAUUUCUUCAGUCAUAUACUACAAUCAGUUUAUGAAUUAAAAACCAUAGGUGCUUGAAAUGAAGACUUCGUGCUUGGGGGCCUUUGCUGGCGGGGGUGGGGAGGGGGGAGCGGGCAGAGCCCGGCAGGGCCCUCGGGAUGCCCCUUCCCCUGCUCGGGCACUGGGUGGUGCAUGAGGCUGGGUUCUUUCUUGACCCUCAGUACAUGCGGAGUCGGCUACUCUUUAAAAUCAAAUUACUACAUCUUUUUCGCUGAUGAAUUUUGACCAUUUUUUUAUUUCUUGGAAAGGUUGAAAAAAAAAAUCUUCCUAUGCAAACCACUAGCUUUUGGGCCCCCCUGGCUUCAAGGGACUCUUGAGGCUUUCAGAAAUCUGUGAUCUGGCCUAGAGUAAUUGAUUCUAUUUAAACUUGGAAGGAAGUUGGAAAGGAUCACAACCCCCUCCUCCAAAAAGACUUGCUAGCUGGGUGAGAUCUGACAAAAGAGAAGUUUGUAUUAGAAAUGCCAUCAGCAAAGGAACGAUGAAGACCGAAUAUUCGAAUCAUUGUGGACUUGCAGUCUCCAGCCUUUUGGAGGGGGUGGUGUGGGUGUGGGUGGGUGUGUGUCUGUGUCCAUGUGUGUGUGCGUGCGCGCGCGCUGAAGCGAUACUUUCCUUGACCAUCUUGAAACGUACUGUAUAUAGGAAUAUCCUUUGAAAGAUUCGACUGACCUCAGUCCAUCGAGCAUGCACAGGGUUGGGGAAGCUUGGCCUCAGUCCUUGGGGGCAUCUCAUGAUUCCUUCGGUCUCUCCAGCCAAACUCUGCUUCCUGGUGGCAGUCAUCCCCUUCCUCUGUCCCACCCCCCCAAUGGUUUGGUGUCAAAUAAUGUUAUUGGGGCGGGGGGCAAUUGUUACUUCCUUUGUUUCUUGUUGACUUUUGUAUUCAUGGUAGCAUUGAAAUCAAAUUCCACCUCUUACAUCUUGAGAUGUCUUUAUAUAAAAAACAAAAACAAAAACAAAAAACUAAAUUGUGUGCAGAAAUGGCCAAUAUCUUGUUGAUCUAGUCUUUUGGAAACUUUGUCACACCCUAUAAAUUGUGUACAGUUAAAAAAAUAUAUCUAUAUAUCUAUAUAUUCUUACACGAGUAAAGAAGCCCUCUCCAACAUGCAAUGGAUGUCAUUUGGUAUUUGACAAGGAAUCUCAAAAAUCCCUUGCUGCUGCUCUUUUUUGUUUGAGUUCUUUUUGUUUGGGGUUUGGGGGUUUGUUUGGGGGUUUUUUUAGCGUGCUGAAUUGAAAUUGAAAGACAAGGGAAGGAGUGGAAGAGAUUAACAAGCUAACUGAUUAGACACCACCACUGUCUGCAGCCUGAAAAGUGACUGCUUUUCUUCCACUGGCAUCUCGUGAGUUGAGAUCCAUCCUCUGUGAUUCGGGUUAAGGCGAGGAAGGACUCAUGCCGGGAGUGUGCAAGCGUGCGCCUGCGCUCGAGAAAAAGACGCCCAGACUUGUGCCUGGUGGGACCGGCGUGGGGCACCUGCUCGUGGCCCCCAUCAUUGGCGCCUCUUUCCUUGAUUUUAACUUCAAAUUGUUCAUUUCCAUUUUGCAAUCAUUAUGUUCAAUCGGAAUUUGUCUUUUACUUUAAACACCUAUGGGGAUUUAUUGUACCCGCAGCUUUGUUCACUCAACUCUCCUGAAUUAUCUGGUGUAAUUUAUGAACGUCGAAGGGCCUGUAUUUGUCCUUCUUCAGAAUUAAGUGAUGUGGACACAGCAGACCUGCUUUAAACUGGAUGGGUUUAAUUUAUAUAAAAGAUAGUUUCAUUACAA